AUGCGUUUCUAUCUCGUUUGCCUUCUAUCAUUUGCUCGCUCAACAGUCCUUGCACAUCAUCCCGAAGAAUGCCCAUCCAAUUCGACACGCCACAUUCAGUACCCGACAUGCCUUGGGCUGCCGGGGGUCUAUCUCGUCAAAGCAAGCGAAGGAAAGGGUCUGGGUGUUUUUGCUGCUCAUGAUAUGGACAUAGGCGACAUCGUCAUGCGCGAGACGCCCGUCCUCAAGAUUCGUUUGCCAAAGCUGGCGAAGGGGAGCCCAUAUCCAAUGGCAGCUGUCGCUAUGCUACUCCAAGAGCAAUUUGACACCCUAUCGCUAGAGUCACAAGAGGAGGUCCUCUCUUUAACACAUCAGGCAAAAGCUGUUGACAGCAAUUCUCAAGAUACUCUGGGCACCAUCUUCCGCAACAAUGCCUACAACACCGGCGAUCAGGUCGGCCUAUUCCCCAAAAUCGCUCGCAUCAACCACUCAUGCCGGCCAAACACUAGCUACUACUGGAGCGAAAAGCUAAACAAGCGCAUCGUCUACGCGACACGCAAGAUCAAGGCAGGGGAAGAAUUCUUCGUGUCUUACAUCUCCCUGUUGCUCAGUCGGGAAGAUCGCCAAAAGCAGCUUGAUCGAUAUGGCUUCCAGUGCCACUGUGAAGCAUGUGCACAUGAGCGAGCCGCUCAGAUAGCUAGCGACAAUCGCCGCAUCACCAUCAAAAACGCAUUCUCCAAGUUCGAACCGCAAAUGGUGCUGAUGGCGCCACAGUCCAAGGCCGGGAAGCGUCAGGCGCAAAAGGACGCUGAGGUGAGCGUUCAACUUGCCGGACUAGUAGAGGAGGAAGGACUUGCCGACUACUAUGCCAAAGCCUACAGAAUUGCCGCUAUAAGCCAUGCCAGAGUGGAAGAUUGGGCGACCGCUGCGAGAUGGGCGAACCGAGCCUACGAAAUACGUUACAUGGAGGAUCCGGACUCGAAGAGCACGUUAGAGUUGCAUCACCUCACCAGCAGUUUUAUAUCAAACUGGGAGACCGGGCUACGAAGUCGUGCUUCAACAUGA